AAAAAAAGCGGUAGGGCCUAGUACAUAAUGCUAUAGUUACGAAGCGGGUCUGAAAAUUUUUGAACAGUCAGACUUCUCUACAUUGAGUUUGGCGACUCUCUCUCUCUCUCUCUCUGUGUCUGCUCGGCGGUGUUCCGACGACGACGGCUGUGUGAGUUUGGCGUCCUUAAUCUCGGUGAAACGGCGUCACUCUAUGGACCGAAGAGUGGUACAGAUCGACGUCGUUUCACCCAUAGACUAUGGUGAGAGCGUCGGCGGCGAAGAUCCAAUCGGCUUCUCGACCCUGAAUUCCGAUAGGUACUUUUAUACUGUCUUCAAUUUUGCGGUUUGCUUUCUGGGGAGUUCCCUAAACGGGGCCAAAAUGUAAUUAGUAGAACUUUAGUGCUAGUUUUCUGAAUUACUGGGCCAAAUGUGUAAAUAAGAUAAAAUCCCAACAGAAUAAAACACCCACAGUUACUGUGCCUAUUUCUGAACCGCUUUUCCCUCCAAGAAAAUCCUCUCCUUCUUUCUUUAACAAUGUCACGGUGGUUUGAGCUCAAGCUUGAUUUUCCUGAAGCUAUUCUGCUCAAGAAAGCUGUAAGAGUCUUCACUCAGGUAGCCUAUUCAGACCGAGAGCUCCCCACUUCCAUGUUCAACAAUGUCAUCCCCAACAACGCCGACCUCCACUUAUCUCCGACCAUGGUCCUACUGGUCUCUACAAACUCGCAUUUUCGGUUUCCGGAAAUGACCACUGUGCUGGCGAUGAAGCCGCCGUGCUCCUCCGUGUCGAGAUUGUGGUGCUCCAAGAGCUGCCGCACGCUGUGUGUUUCUCUGCACAGGUUGAAAUGCCUACUGGAACGCAACACUGAGGAUUCGGUUACUCUUUAUGGUGAUGAGGGAGCUGUUGAUAGGAUUUUCUAUGAGAUUGGGGAUGAUGACGGCAUCAAAUACUCCUCUACGCUGCCAGUGAUUUCAUUGCGGGAUCAGAUUCAGAUGGACCCAGGGUUCGUAGGAUAUGAAUAUCCAAUGAGGCUUGGCUUGUCUUCAGAGAUUUUUCGUGCCUUUAUCACUCAAUCGGAUUCUCAUGGGUUUAAAGUUCAUGCCAGAGUGUCACAAACCCAAGUUGUGCUCCGGGUUGUGAAUAACGAGAUGGUCUUCAGACCAGAGUUGAUGUGAAGAAGCCUUGUUGAGGUGUGAUUGAUUUGCUUAAAACACACGAAGAAUGCAACCAGCUUAAAGGAAUAGAAGGACAAGUGGGAUGCCAUUAGCUCUAUAGCCAUAUGUGUCAGAGGAGAUAUUUAGGAAAGGGAAGGGCAUUGCUAUGAACCUUAUUCCACAGACCUUAGCGUAAUAGUUGAAAAUUGGACCUACUUCAUAACCCUGGUAAACACCUCUACCUCCAACAACAAUAAUAGGUCUCACAAUCUUAAACCUAACAAGCCUGUUGCUUUGAACAUAUUGGAAUUGCAUGGUGGACAUAUAGGCAUGAUCUUUAGUACUGAAAAUAAGAAAAGAAAAAAAUAAAAGUUCUUUUGAUGCCUGUGGAAAAUUACAAUGAACAUACAGAUGGCUCAACAAAUCAGCAGCAUUCCCAAUUCUAUGUCAAUAGGGAAAUUUAUUCAUAUUCCAGAUAGUAAGUUAUGUUCACAAGCUUUCUUUUUUUCAAUAUGCAACACUGCUUUUACUUCUACAGUGUUUGGUACACUUUUGGCAUGUACUCUUUUUGUCUUCUAAAGUACAUCUCCCCUUGAUUUAGACUAACAAUCUCUUUCCACAAAAAGGGCUUAGCAAGCAAGUGUAAGAGAAAUGGAGCUGUGCAUUCAGAAUUCAUAUGGUCAUGUAAUCUUAACUAGAGAAAGGUUUUAAGUGUGAUUAUAGAACUUAUGGUUCAUAUUGCUGAUAUUAGUAUGUCAAUGGUAUAACACUUUCUUUUCUAAAAGCAACUCAUGUAGAUGAUGGAGGAUAUUAUAUGCCUUCAGAAGCCCAAUUUUCUCUAAGAUUGUUAAUUUCAAUGAGGUUAGAAGUGGAUGUGACUUUUUCUUGGAAAAAUGUAUUACAAUUUUUUGUAGAGCCUUAAUGUACUUGUCACUAUCAAUAUUUUGGAAGAUUAUCUUGGUAUAUUAGCAGUAACAGCUAGAAAUCGUUCUGUUGCUGAUUUUCAUUCUUGUAGCUUUCAUAUGAAGCUAGCAAAGUAUAUGUAUGUAAACAAAAUAAGAACCGUAGUUUACAUUUAUGAACAUCGUUAUGUUCUGUAGGCAGCUCAUGUGUUUGAAAUUGAAGCAUUAGUGGCAACUCCUUAUCAUCUGUUCUGUAGGCAGCUCAUGUGUUCAAGAUUGAAGUAUUAGUGGCAACUCCUUAUCAUGUUAUUUAUUUGAUCCCGUGUUUAA